AUGGGGAACGCCGCGCCGCACCGCCUACCCGACGCAUCCCGAAGAGUCAUCCUCUCCGACGGCAGCGUCGUCACCUACGACUCACCAAUCACCGCCGCGGAGCUCAUGCUGGAGCACCCGCAGCACGUGGUGGUGGAAUUCAAUCCGAUCGCGAGCGGCGGAAAGCCAGCGCCGCUCCCGGCGGAUCAGAAGCUCGAGGUCAGGAAAACCUACCUGAUGCUCCGGAUCAGGAGGGGAAAGCCGAUCCAGCUGUCGUCGGGGGAAGCUCGGCGAUUAAUCCUCGCGAACAGCGCAGCUCUCAAAUCAAACGCCGCGCUGGUGUCGUACACCGGAUUCCUGCCAAUUUUCGCGCGGAUUUGCACCGCGGCGAAGAAUAGGAAGCGAUGGGAUGAGAGGGAGGAGGCGAGAUUGGAUUGGUUUGCGGAGAUAUUGGAGGGGAGGCCGGAGUUUAUGAGGAGGCAGAUGUCGGGGAAGGGGUGGAAGCCGAGUUUGGAUCCGAUUCGAGAGAAAGCGGUGAAGGCGAAAGUUCGACAUUGGAUCACACUGUGA